CGUGUCUACAGGCUUCCGGUGGCCACACAGGACGUCAUUUCCGUUUGAGCAUAAAAACAAGUGCGCACUGAGAAGAGUUUUGUACUUUCUUUGCAGCUUCUCGACCGUUACAAAAAUGGUGCAGCAAUUUUCCAAAUGUGGAGCGAAGGAGACUCCUCUGCUGAAAGCUGGUCACCCUCCGGCAGUGAUGGCAGGGGGUAAACGGGUAGCUAAGAAAAGCUUGGAAGACAGUUCCAGCCAUGGAAUUCCAGAGGAGAAGACCAAGAGGUCGGAUAAACUGAGCAGAUCCGUCACUACUUCUAACAGGAUGCAACAAGUUAAUAUUCUUCUGGCAGGAACUCUUGACAAACUGAGCCAUGACUUCACAGAGAUGCCCGUGAGCGUGAGGCACAGCAAGUUGCGCCCUGCAGUGGAGAAGCCCCACUGCCCACGGAUCUUUUCCAUCCAGCAGCCGAGGAAGUUUUGAACGGGUGUUUAAGAAUGGCCCAGAGGGAACCAUGUCAAGUCAGCUGUGAAAGACUAGCAUGAGGCAUUAGACAUGAGGGGACUGACAGGUUGUGUAUAUUCUGUCAGUAUUUAUGGAGAGAGAGCUUUCAUUAAGCUCUGUUUACUUUGUAGGUUGUGCUUGUUUUAGAGAAUACUAUCAACCAGCAUUUAAUGUGCCUUUCCUUGUUAUAAAAAAGAGAUACUGUACUUUUUUGGGGUAUGUUUAAUGUGAGGGUUGGGGUUUAAGUGAGUAGUUUUUGUUGUUGUUUUUUUUCAGCUAAAUCUUUACAUGUAUUGCUUGGCACUUACUAGAAUUAAUAAAAAUAUUGCAUGGCUAGAUAUCA